AUGUCUUCAUUCAACCCACUCACCUCAAUUUUGAACCAAAACAAGUUAGAAGGACCGAAGUAUGUUGACUGGAAAAGGAACCUUGAUAUUGUCCUAACUGCUGAACGUUACAAAUUUGUAAUCACUGAGGAGUGCCCAAAAAAACCUGAUGAAGAUGCUACUUAUGAUCACGUUAUGGCCUAUGACAAAUGGGUCAAGGCUGAUGAGAUGGCACGAUGUUACAUUCUUGUCUCUAUGGCGAAUGUUUUGCAACAUCAGCAUCAGUCUAUGGGGUCUGCUUAUGACAUACUCGAAAAUAUCAAAGAGAUGUUCGGUGAGCAAAAUCGUGCGGCUAAGCAGACAGCCAUGAAAGCUCUUUUGAACACCAAGAUGGCUGAAUGA